AUGACUAUAAGAGAUUUGGAACACGGCUAUAAUGGUGAAAUACCGAGCAGCAGAGACUCAUUUGAUGAAGAACUAGAUAACAUAGAGCUGACUGACUUGGGAAACAAUACAAAGAACAGAAACCAUUUACAUAACUCAUCAAAUCAUGGAAAUGGUGGACAUAUAAGGCUUGGUGGUAGUCCAAGACCUAUUUACAGUGAUAACAAGUUUAUUAAAUUUUGGCAAAAGGUAUGGUAUGGACCUGAAUAUCCAAGUGAUGAUCCACCAAGUUUCAAUAGUGCUUUUGAGCAAUACCCAAAGAUUUUCAGACAUAGAUAUUCACAUAAAACAAGGUUGUUGCUGCUUAUAGGUUAUUGCUUUCUUUGGUUUGUCCUGAUUUAUUCCAUCUUGAAUCCUAAUUUGACAAGUCCACCAACUAUUAAAGGUAAAAGACAAUCAAUUAUUUCACUAUCGUGUAAUGGACAAGAAUAUUUUUGGAAAGGUAAGAAUGCAAAAUGUGGAUUAAAUGGUGAAUUAUGUGCACCUUUCGAAGAUAGAGAAGCUAUUGUUAGAUGUCCUGCUUUAUGUGAUCGUGGUGGUUGGACAUAUUCAUCAACUCCUGUCGGUGAUCGUAUGGUUAAGUAUACUGGUUAUACUAUUGGCGGGGGUUAUAAGCAGCCUGAAAACGGGGAUGAUACAUUGACAUAUCCUUAUAGAGCUGACUCCUUUACCUGUGGGUCGGCUGUUCAUGCUGGUAUUUUAUCUCCAUUUUUUGGUGGUUGUGUGAAAGUUUCAUUCGUUGGAUCUCAAUUAAAUUUCAACUCUACUAUGGGUAAUUAUGGUACUGAUUUUUCUGUUCCUUUCCCAUCUUUUUUUCCAUCAUCUUAUGUUUUCAAAAUGUUGCCAGAAGGUAUUUCUGGUUGUUAUGAUCCUAGAAUAUUAAUAUUGUUUGCAAAUAUAUUACUUGGAUUACCAAUAGUUUAUCUUGCUGAUGGAUUAGCUACAUUUUGGAUAGUCAAUCUGGUCGGUUAUUGGACUCUACUGCUAUCUUUGGAUCCACCAUUAAUUGUUGACCCAGAAGAUCCAUCAAGCGUUCAUGAAUUAUUUUCAGUUGGGUUCCAAAGAAUGCUGCCAAUGUGCUUUGUUUUAUAUACUUUGUGGAAAUCUGCAGCAAAGAGAACAUUUUCAGAACCUUCAUCACCUUUAGCUAAAGUGUGCUUAUGGUAUCCUUUAUUUUGGCUUGGUUUGUGUAAUAGUAUAACAUUUGAUAGAUUACCAGUUGAUAGAUUAACACCACAAGAUUUGAAAGAACAACCAGGUGGAUUAAUUGCUGUUCUCUCGAUCGUUUCAACAAUUUUAGUUUGUGCAGUCAUUCAAGCUUACAAACUUUGGAAAUCAGGUAGAUUUCAAAAAUAUUUCAAAAUUUACAUUACAUUCAUUUUGGGAGUAUUUACACUUGCAAUGCUUCCUGGGUUAUCAUUAAGAAUUCAUCAUUAUAUUUUAGCACUUUUGUUAAUUCCAGGUUGUGCAACGAAAGGCUUGACAGCUUAUAUGUUUCAAGGUAUAUUAUUAGGACUUUUCCUAUCGGGUGUCGCUAAAUGGGAUUUUGCCUCUAUUUUAGAAACACAAAGAAGUUUAUUGAGAGAUGAAGCAGGUGGUAACUUAGCUCCUCCAGCAUUCAGCAAAAACAUUGAAAAUGGUAUUGUCUCAUGGAUUGAUCAUAACUCUACAAGCUCUUUGCUGGCUAAUGGACAAUCAAUACCACCAAAAGAUCAAUUGUUAGGAUAUUCUUUAUUAAUUAAUGAUAUUGAAAGAUAUGUUGGAAAUGAAACAAUGAUUGACUUGAGUAACUUGAUUGGGGAUAAUAAAAGUCUAAAAGAACUUGUUGAUAAAUCAUUAGAAGACAAUACUGACGAAAAUGGAGAUAUCACAUUAUUUUUAAGAUUGGCAAAGUCCACACUUUCACACUCUGGUGGUAGAAGAGGUGAUUAUACAAGAGCUGGUACUCUAAAAUGGCCUAGUGGAAACUGGACAGCUCCACCAGAGGGCUUAAGUUGA